GCAGAGGGAGAUGAAAGGAAGGAAGUGAAAGGCGACGAUGAAAUGGGAAGGGCAGUUGGGGACCCUAGAAAGACAAGGAUGAAUGUUGCGGUCGAUGUAUCAGAGACUGAUGGAAAUACCGCGGAAGGGAGGAUGAAGAUGGACAAAGAGAAAUUCAAAGAGAUCGAAGAGAAAAUGCGAGAGGGGAUUAAAGAGGGAGUCAGAGAGAAAAAUAUGGGGGUUGGAGCGGGUUCGGAUGAAAUAGAAAGUCACGAAGCGCAAAAGGAAACUGAGGGAGUCCUGGGAGAAGAAUGUGGAGAGAUGGAAUCAGAAAGAGAUGACGGAUCGGUGGACAGAGUGCGAAACACGGCGGAUGGACCUGCACAGUCGACUAACGCUGGUGAUCUGCAGCCCAGUGGACCAGAAGGCUCAUUGAACAAUGAGAAAGAAGAAGUAGUUCCCUCCUUCCGGAAUUGUAUCUUCUCCAGCCUCUUCCUCACGCAGCUGCUUUGGUUCUCAGUCAUUCAGAUGCGGAUUAUAUUGUUUAUCGGGACGAUAAAUCCCAUGUUGGAUUUCCUGGCGGACGGUGAUCCCGGGCAAGUCAGCAAGUUUACAAACGCCCUUGGUAUUAUCCAAUUAUGCGGCAUCUUGUGCGCGCCAUGGAAUGGGUUGAUCUUCGACCGACACAAACGGAGAAACAAGCGGUUGGACACAUCAGGCUCGGCUGUCUCUGAGAAACUGGCGGACAUGCAAUCGGCGGUGCUGUCUCUCGCCAUUACCGUCACGUUCUCUGUCGCCUUCACGGUGUGCGCCGCCAUCCCCGUGUUGGAGGUUCAUUACCUGACCUUCAUCCUGCAAACGGUCAACCGCGCCUUCCUGUACGGCGGACUCAGCACGUUCAUCGUCAUUACGUUCCCUCUGUGUCACUAUGGGAAAACCUUGGGGAUGACGCUGGCUCUGGCAGCCGUGGUCUCUCUGCUCCAGUAUCCCUGCUUUAUCCUCGUCAAUGGACCUUUGCAGGGAAACCCAUUGUACGUAAGUAUCAGAUUGUUGAGGUUUCUGUGA